AUGGCGGUCUACGCGAUGUGGGCUCUUGUUGCUGCUUUCUGUAUCAUCGCUACAUACAGGGAUAUGACUGGUGUGGUCUCAGAAAUUCCGUCAAACAAAGAUAUCCCAAAGAUAAAAUUUUCUCAAAAUAACCUUCCUACCGUACGCUUCAGUUAUUGGCGGGUGUUUGAGGAGAUGUCUCAACUAAUUCAGCAGAGAUUUCCAGGUUUAUGGAUUCAGGGUGAGAUUCAUCCUCCACCCGCCUGGUGUAGUUUCGUUGCAGGGGCUGUGCAGAUAAUCAAAUUUACUUCUAUUCUUAUAGCCAUAUCUGGACUUAAUCCGUUCCCAUCUUUUGGGCUCCCAACCCCUUCACUUAUAAAUUAUGCUCAUCAAAACAAGGUAAUUUUUGAUGUAAGAUUUAUAAUUCAUAGAUUUCGUUUUGCCUGA